GCUUCACUCAUAUAAAGCCUGGGAGAGGACAAACCCCAGCAGAAAAGACAAAGGCAGUGGGGGGGUUUCUAUCAAUAAGUUGGUUGGCAUUAGUGCUUUUCAUUGUUAUAUAAUUGUUUAACCUUCUUUAUAGAGUCUAGUUUUUGAAAUUUAAUUGACUCAGUUUUAGGAAGGAAGAGCAAUCAAGCCACACAUUUACACUCACUGAGAGACAGCAAGAGUUGUUUUCACUCUAGAAAGAACAAUCUCUGUCAUAUUUACAGAAACUGUACACGUUUAACCGUACACCAAGAGAAAUCACAGUAGCCUAUCCCUGGACUAUUACAGCCAUAUCAAAAUAUAAAGUGACAGCUGAUUGUACGGAAUAUCAGUCGAAGCGUUAUUUUAAAGGACGAAAUGACUCCAGGUCCAAUCUCUGUCAAAGGCUUCUUCACUUUCCAGCUGCUUCUUAAUUUCUUCUCAAGUGGGUUGGUAGAGGGAUCUCUUCUGCCUGAUCCACAGCUGAUUCCUGCCGGAGACACACACCUACAGCGUGUUGGUGACACACUCACACUCACCUGCAGAGGAUCAACAUCCCUGCAGUGGAGACUGGCUAACAGAAAUGUGUCAUCGGUACGGAUUGAGCCAUGCGAGGAGAGAAUGCACAAGCACUGCAGCAAGCUGGUUAUACAAAACCUGAUGUACAACGACACUGGCUUAUACACAUGCAGCGGUCACCAAAAGUCUAUGGAUCAUGAGGUGUCAACAUAUGUUUUCGUUGAAGAUCACAAUCAUCCGUUUGUGGAGGCUAACAAUUCACCAAACCUGCUUUUUGCAUAUCGGAACGAACCUUUUCUCGUGGUCCCAUGCAGAACAACAUCCCCAAAUCAAAGUGUUAUCCUUGAGACUAUGAAUCCUAUGUCAGAUCUUGUAAAAAGUGAGGUGGAGUGGGAUCCAAAGAGAGGAUUCAAGAUUCCCUUGAAACCUGAAGACAGCUACCUACUGAUUAUAUGUACGACCAGUGUGGAUAACAAAACAUUUUCACUGGACUACAUCCUCAUAAGGCAAACGUUGGAGCUGAAAAACACUGCCAUCGAACCAGAACGACCAAAAUUAUUGGUCGGUGACACCCUGGUCCUCGGCUGCUCUGCAGAGACCACUUACAACGGCAGAAUUGACUUUGAGUGGCAGUUCCCUAAGAGUCGGAUCAAUCGCGCUCACCAUUAUAACAAGACAAGGGACCAACCUGGCAAAGUCAUCAUGAUGACUAACACAUUAAUCGUGCCUAAUGUGACAAUGGAGGACAAAGGCACUUAUGUGUGCAUAUCAUCAAAUGAAGAGAAAAGGAUUGAAGUUUCAACUAUAGUUACUAUAUACAAGCAUCCAUUCCUUAAUGUGACCCAUGAUAAACGCAACUUUAUCUCUACUGUAGAGGAUAGAAAGGUGCAGUUUGAGCCACGGGUCAAUGCCUUGCCCGCACCAGACAGAGUGUUGUGGUACAAAGAUGGAGUUGCCAUUUCAGAAAAUUCCACAUGUUAUGAGACAGCCGGCUACAACCUCACCAUAAAACAAGUGAUGCAGAAGGAUGCUGGGAUUUUCACUAUCGCUCUGUCGAACCUGGAGAAGGGUCUCUACAGAAACCUCAGCUACAAGCUGGAAGUCAGAGUGAAGCCAAAUAUCUUUGAGGAGGAUGUGGCUCCAGGUGGCCUACAAACUUACAAAUAUAAUGAGGGGCACCAGCUCAGCUGCACUGCAUUUGGUGUUCCCAUGCCAAACAUUACCUGGUUUUGGGAACCUUGUGACCCCAGACCUCAUCUUACAGAGUGCAAACCAUACACUGACCCUCUUCCUGUUGGAGAGUCACACAACCAUUAUCCUCAUAAUCUGAUUAAGGAUGUCACCAGCAAGGUUGAAUUAUUGAACAGUAAAAAUAAGACUGUAAGCACUCUGGUGGUGGAAAAAGCUAAUGUGUCUGGAUUCUACUACUGUACAGCAAAGAAUGAACUUGGGAACCAGACUAUGAGAAUCCCCUUCUUAGUGCAUAGAGAAGAGAGUAAACCAAAUAUUGAGGUGAUCAUUUUAGUGUCUACUGGAGCAGCAGCAACAUUUCUUUGGAUAAUGCUUAUUCUCUUAAUCCGUAAACUAAGAAAGCCAAGUUCAGCAGAUUUAAAGACAGGGUACCUGUCCAUCAUCAUGGAUCCUGACCAGAUGCCCCUUGAUGAGCAGUGUGAUCGUCUGCCCUAUGACAGCAGCAAAUGGGAGUUUCCCAGAGACCGCCUCAGACUCGGUAAAACUGUGGGCCAUGGAGCAUUUGGAAAAGUUGUAGAGGCCUCUGCAUUUGGCAUAGACAAGAUUUCUACUUGCAAAACGGUGGCAGUGAAAAUGCUGAAAGCGGGAGCUACAAAUAACGAGUGGAGAGCUUUAAUGUCUGAACUGAAGAUUCUGAUCCACAUCGGUCAUCAUCUCAACGUGGUCAAUCUGCUCGGAGCCUGCACAAAGCGCGGAGAUCCGCUAAUGAUCAUCGUGGAAUACUGCAAGUAUGGAAAUCUUUCCAACUACUUGAGAAGUAGGAGGGGUGACUUUGUGGUUCACAGAUCUCAGGACUCUAAGGCUCUGCAUUCCAGCUCCGGGUGUGAUCUGAGCGAGCUCAUCAAGCACAGGUUGGAGAGCGUGGCCAGCACUGGAAGUUCAACCAGCUCCGGCUUCAUUGAAGAUAAGAGCUACUGUGACUCGGAGGAAGAGGAGGAAGAGCAAGAGGAUUUGUAUAAGAAAGUUCUCACUCUGGAAGACUUGAUUUGCUACAGCUUUCAAGUGGCUAAAGGCAUGGAGUUCUUGGCUUCAAGAAAAUGUAUUCACCGCGAUCUGGCCGCACGUAACAUCCUGUUGUCUGAAAACAACGUAGUAAAGAUUUGCGAUUUUGGACUUGCAAGAGAUGUAUACAAGGACCCAGAUUAUGUCCGCAAAGGAGACGCCAGACUUCCCUUAAAGUGGAUGGCUCCAGAGGCAAUAUUUGACAAGCUCUAUACCACUCAGAGUGAUGUGUGGUCUUUUGGAGUGCUUAUGUGGGAGAUCUUCUCUCUUGGUGCCUCCCCUUACCCUGGCUUACACAUUGAUGAGGAAUUCUGCUGCCGACUGAAGGAGGGCACCAGGAUGAAAGCUCCUGAAUAUGCCUCCUCUGAAAUAUAUCAAACCAUGUUAGAAUGCUGGCAUGGAGAACCAUCCAAGAGGCCCACUUUCACAGAGCUGGUAGAGAAGCUAGGUGAUCUGCUACAAGCUAGUGUACAACAGGAGGGAAAGCACUACAUCCCGAUCAACACAGCCAUAUUGACCAAAGCAGACCCCUCAAACAUGAGCCCCACAAAGGAGACCUCCACCAGACCUGCCUCUCUUAGAGACUCUGGGACAGCUUGGAACAAGAAGAUCCGUCCAGCGAGUGUGAAGACCUUUGAUGAAGUAAUCAUGGAGAAUGGAACCAACAAGAUCCAUGAGGAAGGGCAGUCAGACAGUGGAAUAACUCUAUCUUCAGAUGACCUGAAGACACUGAUGCGUCUGGAUUCACUGGCCAGAUCCCAGAGUUUUAUGGCCCGAGUGAUGAAGAGCAAAAGUAAGGAGUCAGUUCUGCUGGAGGACGAAAAGGAGAAAUACCCACUACUUGUUCCCUCACUGUACUUGAGUCUAGAGGACUCCUCUCUCGACCCAGAGCUGGAAUGUCAUAGCCCACCUCCAGACUAUAACUAUGUGGUCCGCUACUCCACACCACCCGUCUGAGCUGAUCUCCACUCUUUAGUCGCCAGAAGUUUCCCCCAUUUUUGGAGGAUCUGAUUGGUUGGGUCUAUUUUAUCUCUGCACAUUAGAUCUGUUUUAUAUUUCCCCCCACUUCUUUCCAUUCCACUUUAUCCUGACACUGGAAUGGUCACUCAGAGUUUCAUAUUUUCUCUUUCUGUGCACUUUUUCAAGGUAGUGUGUGAGUACAGUGGGCUGCCACUUAUACAUAUCAUCCUGGCAGUCUGAGAUAAUAUUAUGGACCACCUCAGAUAUUCCUACUGUCUACUGUGAACAUAACAAGCACAUUUUAUUACAAUAACAGCACUGUUUAUCCCAGUGAAAUAGCAUUUUUCAUACAGGAUGGUGGCUAAUUAUGAAAUCAUUUGUUCAGCUGUUAGCAUGAGGACAAAGGCAAUACUUAUAUUAUGUUCUGGAUAAAUAUUUUAUUGUAAUGAAAACUGGAAUUUUGGUUAUAUGAUUUUUUAUUUUGCUAAAAUAUAAAAGAUCUUUUUAGGGAAAUAUUUUUCUUUAGAAUAAAUUUCACUCAUAAUUUACUCUGUCAGACACAACUGUCAAAAAACACCACAGAUCAUGAAUAAUUGAAUUUGUGGUCUGAAAUUCCUUCCCAGAACUCAGUCUGAAAUUGCAGGACACAGUGAUCAUCAACACUAAGGAUGCACAUUGUGUUUCCAGGUUCUGUCACGCCAGUCUGAGGGCCGUUUUCCUGAGUCUUUCUCAAUGAAGCUAAAAUUAAUCACCUUUGCUCCUGCAUUAAGUAUUUUUAUCAUCAUAGCUUUUAAUCUGAAUAAUUUUAAAGGAAUUAGCCAAGAUUAACAUCUUCAACUGCUUACAUAUGGCAGGACAGAAUGGCUAAUGGGUGCCUAAAAUCCAGUCUAUCACUGUGAAAAGGUUUCAAAAGCCUUAGCAAGGAAAUUAUUCAUGCACAUUAAAUAGGAAACAUUCUGUUAAUUAUUGAUAACAUUUGGACCACAGUUAAACAGCCUUUCUCUGUUCAGCAAUAGUUACACUGCGUUGUGUACUUUCCAUAUUUAUGUUGUUUACACUACUGUAUACAUAACAGCACGUAAUAUGUUGUGCAGCUAUUAACCAGAGGAAUGUAUUCUGUUACUGAAUCAGUAGUCUUUUAUGCUAAAAUACUACUAAAGCUUGCAGGACAGGCUAUAAUAUUGUCAACAGGCUGGUCAUUAUAUAAAUGGUCAUGAUAAUUAUAAUAAAAGCAUGUGCACAAAUGUAGUUGCUAUCGGUAUUAACUUCUUAACAUGAUGAAACAGGUGGGAAAUCAUUGUAUUGGUUAAAUCAGAUCAUAUAUUGACAGUUGUAAAAGCAAUUAGGGCGGUUUUUGCUAAUUAUUGUUUUAAGUCCAAGAAUUACAUUCAAAGCUGAAGGACUGUCUUUCAAAUAAUGAAAUGUAUAUACUGACAAAUAAUGCUUUCAGUAAUGUUGUUAUUUUGGCUCACUGGUAUUUGUGAAGUAGAAUUGUAUGCACUGAUAUUUUUUACAUAAUUGUUUUAUAUUAUACUUGUAUUUUAAUAUUAACCAAGCAUAAAUAAAGAUCUAUAUAUUUAUAUAUA